GCGCCCUGCCGCCCACCUCCUCCCGCCAUGAGCCAGGGAAGCCCGGGGGGCUGGGCCCCCGUCGAUGCCACCCCGGGGCCCCCGGCGCCCCCCAACCCCUUCGUGCACGAGUUACAUCUCUCCCGCCUCCAGAGGGUUAAGUUCUGCCUCCUGGGGGCACUGCUGGCCCCCGUCCGAGUGCUUCUGGCCUUUAUCGUCCUCUUUCUCCUCUGGCCCUUUGCCUGGCUGCAAGUAGCCGGUCUCACUGAGGAGCAGCUUCAGGAGCCAAUCACAGGAUGGAGGAAGACCGUGUGCCACAACGGGGUGCUGGGCCUGAGCCGCCUCCUCUUCUUCCUGCUGGGCUUCCUCCGGAUUCGUGUUCGGGGCCAGCGGGCCUCUCGCCUUCAAGCCCCAGUCCUUGUGGCUGCCCCCCAUUCCACUUUCUUUGACCCCAUUGUCCUGCUGCCCUGUGACCUGCCCAAGGUGGUGUCCCGAGCUGAGAACCUCUCUGUGCCUGUCAUUGGAGCCCUCCUCCGAUUCAACCAAGCCAUCCUCGUCUCCCGGCAUGACCCAGCUUCCCGGCGCAGAGUGGUGGAGGAGGUCCGAAGGCGUGCCACCUCCGGAGGCAAGUGGCCCCAGGUGCUCUUCUUCCCUGAGGGCACCUGUUCCAACAAGAAGGCUUUGCUUAAGUUCAAGCCAGGAGCUUUCAUCGCGGGGGUGCCCGUGCAACCUGUCCUCAUCCGCUACCCCAACAGUCUGGACACUACCAGCUGGGCAUGGAGGGGCCCUGGCGUACUGAAAGUCCUCUGGCUCACAGCCUCUCAGCCCUGCAGCAUCGUGGAUGUGGAGUUCCUCCCUGUGUAUCACCCCAGCCCGGAGGAGAGCAGGGACCCCACCCUCUACGCUAACAAUGUCCAGAGGGUCAUGGCACAGGCCCUGGGCAUUCCAGCCACCGAGUGUGAGUUUGUAGGGAGCUUGCCUGUGAUUGUGGUGGGCCGGCUGAAGGUGGCGUUGGAGCCGCAGCUCUGGGAACUGGGAAAGGUGCUUCGGAAGGCUGGGCUGUCCCCAGGCUGUGUGGAUGCUGGGGCAGAGCCAGGCCGGAGUCGAAUGAUCAGCCAAGAAGAGUUUGCCAGGCAGCUGCAGCUCUCUGAUCCUCAGACGGUGGCUGGUGCCUUUAGCUACUUCCAGCAGGAUGCCCAGGGUUUGGUGGACUUCCGCGAUGUGGCACUCGCACUAGCAGCUCUAGAUGGGGGCAGGAGCCUGGAGGAGCUGACCCGCCUGGCCUUUGAGCUCUUUGCUGAGGAGCAGGCAGAGGGGCCUGGCCGCCUGUUGUACAAAGACGGAUUUAGCACCAUCCUGCACCUGCUGCUGGGUUCACCCCACCCUGCUGCCACAACUUUGCAUGCUGAGCUGUGCCAGGCAGGACCCAGCCAAGGCCUCUCCCUCUGUCAGUUCCAGAACUUCUCCCUCCAUGACCCACUCUAUGGGAAGCUGUUCAGCACCUACCUGCGCCCCCCCCAUACCCCUCGAGGCACCUCCCAGAUGCAACAUGCCUCGUCCCCAGGCAGCCCCACUGCUCUGGCCAAUGGCACUGUACAGGCGCCCAAGCAGAAGGGUGACUGAGCACCUCAGCCCCCACCCCUCCCUCCGCGGCUUGCACCCAGCCCCGCACACUCAGGGCAGCGCCAGGGGCCUACCCUAUGCCUCAACCCUGAUUCUUUCUGCUCCUGUUUGAUUUUUGUUAUUGCUGUUUGUUUGAAGUUGAUUUUAAUUUUUUGUUUGGGUUUUUUU